AUGGAUGUUGGAGCAAGUUGAAGCAGGUAAUUUCAUUCAGAAUUUGAAGAUGGAUGUUUUUCAAGCGAUCUUGUAUAUCAUAAAGGGUUGGGGUGAUCUUCAUGAAGCUGGCGAUUCAAGGCUUGAAAAUCUUAUUAAAUCACUGAAUACUCUCUGUCUUCCAAAUGUAAUAGAAACUGAUAAAUUCUUAAAUUUUAAUGGUGAGGAGAUUGUUUACGAAGUUUUUCCAGAGGAUCAAAUCAUUAAGGAGCUAGCUUAUGUGUUUAGAAAUGAUGAAAGUGUUGAAGUUAUGGAUGAAGGAAAUACUAAGGUAAUGGAUGAAGAGGAAAAUGAUAGUGUAGAACCUGCAGUUGUUAGUGGUAGUUCGGUAUUGAAUAGCUUGGAAAAUGUUCGGAUGUUUUUACUUCAGCAGGAAGGCUCGGGUGAUCAAUUAAAAUUAAUUAAUUUUCUUGAGAAAUUUAUUAGGAAAAUGAUGUCAAGUUCUGCUUAG